UGUGCACCACAUUGCCUGAUGCACUCCAGCCACACCUAAACUGCUGCUAACAGGAAGGCAUUAUGUCGUUGCUGCUACGAAGAGCGCGGCCCUUGUUAUGGGUGAAGUCAGCAGAGCGGCGAACCGCGCUUUUGCCAACAAGCGCCCGAGGUCGUCGUCAGCUCGGUACCGUGAAGGUGAUCCUCACCGACGACGUCAGCGGCACGGGCUACAGGAGCGAGUACGUGGAAAUCCGCGGGGGCUUCAUGCGAAACUUCUUGUUCCCCUCCAAGAGAGCAAUAUACGCCACCGAUGACAACAGGCUGGCGUACGAGGCCAUCGAUCGGACAGCGGAUAAGGAGAGAGCCGCGGCCUUGAAGGCGUUGAAGCGAGGCCGGCAGGAGCUCUCGGGCAUUACGAUAGUCUUGCAGCGAAACAUGCCGGCAGGGGGGAAAGGAGGGAUGCUGCCUGGUCAGGCCGUAAGGGCCAAGGAUGUCAGCGGCUACCUGCGAAAGAACUCGCCGUUCGAGGUGACGGAGGAAGAGGUACGGCUCCCAGGGAGCGGGAAGCCGAUCACGGCCCUCGGACAGCACACGGUGCUGGUGCGCACGAAGCUGUCCGAGUCUGAAACGGCCAUCCUCGCGCGGGAGCUCGGCGCCAAGGAACUCGAGGAGAAGGCGUGGGUGCAGGUGGACUUAACCGUGGAGCAGAUGAGCGUCGGAGGCAAGGGGAAACGCCGAGGUCUUGGGAAGGAGGAAGAUGCCGGGGAAGAGGAGGAGGCCGGCGAGGAGGGGGAGGAGGGCGAGGAGGGGGAGAAGAAGACUGGUGACAUGUCGGUUUAGUCUCAUGCUUAGCUUGCUUGCGUAGAUGGGCUGAUCCGUUUUCGCACUGCUGUUCCUUUCUCUUCGACCACAGCUCGUGUUGGAUUUCGACAAUUCGUCUUUUUUGUCUGCACUCGCUGCCUCGGUGUGAAGGUGUGUAUUUGGAUCAUUGCCGUCUCUCGGAAGGUAGUGGUGGGUCCCCAACGUGCGGAAGAGUCUGGCUUCCCCAAGUCCUCGUGAGAAAUGCGGGAGACGGAGGUUAAUUGUUCGUCUGCGUUCGUUCUGUUGGCGGGAACAUGCAUGGACUGUGUAGCAGUUUCCUCAGGAUGAUGAUACCGAUUUUGGUUGGUGUAUCGUUGUAUGCUCCUUGGCAACGGUGUUGGGCAUGGGGUCACUCGCGGACAAAUGAAUGAAAAAACGACCAAGAUGCUACGCAGCUGCCGGUUGGCCAUGUGCAGCCGCAGUUGGCAAUAUGAGCUGUUCGGAGGUCUGUUUUUUUUUUAGACAUGUUGUAGAGGCCCGCGUCGCUAGUUUGAAGCACUUUUUUGGCUCGACGUCCAUGGGGACAAUGUUGUCUCAGCAUGAGAUACCUCUCACCUACGUAGAAUCCCAGCCGCCGUGAUGCGUGCACUUGCCGCUUUUGCGCUUCGGGGAACCUUUCGGGAGGUUUUCGCUAACAAGUCAGUAUGCACCCCAGGGAGAAGACGUGCCCCCCACGUCUCAUACCACGCUCCCCCAAGCAUUCCUUCUUCGUACACUAGGCAAUCGUGUCCAGGCAUUCUUUUCGUUACAUCUCUCGUUUCCCCUACACGAAGCAAAAAAUCACAACGAACCC